AGCCUUCUCUAACCUCUGCCACCAGAAAAACAAAGAAUAGACAGAUUCAUAUUCAUUCAUUCAUACAAGAAGAAGAAGAAGACAACGCAAUCCUUAUUCUCUUUACCCAAUCGUCGUUUCAAUAUUUGCAGAUCUCGUCUCCUUCUCUUGAUUUAUUCAUAGAGAUGGCAAGUUCUAAAGGGUCUCAGAAUCUUAGAAAUCUGGCAUGCACUGGGAAGCAGGCUUUACUUCCACCGAAAAGUCCGUUUAUUGGUGGCCCAACAUUUUUUGCAGAUAGUGUGAUUGGAUCUAAGGCGGUUCAGAAGCUGGGAGAAGGAAAUAUCAAUCACCAUCGGACUUCAUCUGAGAGCUUUCUGAUUGAAGAACAGCCUUCUUGGCUUGACGACCUUCUCAAUGAACCUGAGACACCUGUACGGAAAGGAGGUCAUCGACGGUCAUCAAGUGAUUCAUUUGCAUAUGUAGAUGUCCCUGUUGGUUUUGAUGUGGAUUACACUCUUUGGGAUGGUGGUAGAUAUAAUAAUAGCAGUUUCUCUGGUCAUGCCAGAGGUCCCAAGGAACCUGAUUACCUUAGAAGUCAGCCAGUUUCCUUCUAUCCUUCAGCUCAUUUGGCGAAACAGAAAAUGAGAACAUGGGAUUCAUUAUCAGAUUCUGGUGCUCGCCCAAACAGUAGUUCUGGUUGUUUGGAGAGCGCGGGUAUCCGAAGAUCAGGGUCAUCCAGUAGCCUACAUGAAGCAGAGAAGGUUUCUUGUGCUGCUGAUGGCAAGAAAGAUGUUUCUAUGCAUUUCAUAAAUAAUUCCUCAAAGUCAUCCUCUGAAAAAAGGGAUAAUUUUCUGGCCAAGUCUGCUACUUCCGAAGCUGAUACGAAACGCGCUAGACAGCAGUUUGCCCAACGCUCUCGGGUCCGUAAAAUUCAAUACAUAGCUGAACUGGAAAGGAACGUUCAGAUGUUACAGGUAGAGGGUUCUGAAGUGACGGCGGAGCUUGAGUUUCUUAAUCAGCAGAAUCUAAUUCUCAGCUUGGAGAACAAAUCUCUUAAGAAUCGGUUGGAAAGCUUAUCACAAGAACAGCUUAUAAAGUACUUAGAACAUGAAGUAUUGGAGAAAGAGAUUGUGAGGCUGAGGGCUUUGUACCAGCUACAACAGCAGCACGAGCCACAACAGCAACAGCAGACAAAAAAGCAAGGAUCAUCUAGCCACCAGCGUUCAAAAAGUAGAGAUCUAGAGUCGCAAUUCACGAAUCUGUCCUUGAGGCCCUAAGGGUUCAAAGUUCCUGCCAAAGAUAUAUUUAUGCUUAUGGCUUGAGCUGUCUUCAUUGUUCCAGACCAGCUUCGUGUGUGUCUUUCCCUAUCGCAUUGUAGCUGCUCAGUUUGUGCUUAUGCGUCUUAGUUUAUGUUUAUCUUUGUUGACCUGGUUUGGCAUCUUGAUUAGCAAGUGCCAGGGAUUGAUGGCGAAAACAGUAUAAAUGAAAAAGCGAUCGCCGGAGGUGGUUUGGUCUGUCUCUCCACACAUCAGGUAUUUAUGAUAAGAUAUUAUUAACUCAUUUGUUCAUGGCAUGUCUGCUCUAUAGACUGCAAUCCUUUUGACGGUACUGGCUUCAUUCUAGGGCUCUCAAAUCUUGGGAUGUGCAUCGCUUGUAUUGUAUCUAAAGAGAAUGUUCCCUGUAAAACGUGUAGUGAUGUAAGCUCUGUCUCAAGUCUCAAAUAUUUGUUUUCCGUUUUUUGUCGUUUCUUUGUUUAUCUGUUUGUGUUAACCAAACCCAUAUCAUUUAUUAGAAAUAUGAAUUCACCAUUAAGAGA